AUGAUUAAGAAUAUUCGAAGAUCACUCAAGACCGGGUCCACCUCCUCAUCAAACGGCGGAGAUAAACGCGACUCCAAUAAUACCAGCUCUACCUCGAAGAAACUCCUCAUCCCGAAGAAGGUCAUUCGCGCGCUCUAUGACUACACUCCCCAAUCCACCCAGGAGCUCGGUUUCAAGAAGGGCGAUUUCUUUCAUGUAAUUGGCAAUGAAAACGACGCGGAUUGGUAUGAGGCAUGCAACCCGGCAACGGAUACGAGAGGAUUUGUGCCGGUACCAUACUUUGAAGUGCUUGGGAAGACGGAUGGGAGAAGGAGUGGACCGUUGCAGGCGCCUCCUGGAGCGAGGGAUAGCGAUUCGGGGUUCAGGGAAGAUGGGAAUGCUGCGAAACAGAGAUAUUCCUCGACAUCGUCAACCACCAAGAUGGCGCCGUUGUAUGGUAUCGUGCAGUACGACUUUGCGGCCGAGCGACCCGACGAACUGGAUGCAAAGGCGGGUGAAGCAAUCAUUGUCAUUGCACAGUCUAAUCACGAGUGGUUCGUCGCGAAGCCAAUCGGACGAUUAGGUGGACCAGGAUUGAUUCCAGUCAGUUUCAUCGAAAUUCGGGAUGUCACCACGGGUCAGCCAAUCGAGAACGUGGAGGAAUUGGUUAGCCGAGCAGGUGUACCACGAGUGGAAGAGUGGAAGAAGAUGACGGCAGAAUAUAAGGAGAAGAGUAUCCCUCUUGGAUCGUUCAACUUUUCCAAUCAGAACCAGAAUCGACCACCGACGGGGUCAUCUAUUCAGGGUUCGCAGAAUUCGGCGCAGGAUAGUAGACCGACGAGCGCGAAGGCGGAGGUGGCGAGUUUGCCGGUCGUUGGGGCGAAAGUGGAGAGAUAUAUGUUUGAUGGAUCACGGUAUUGGUUCCUUAUCAAGGCAGAAAUGGAGGAUGGUCGACACAGGAACCUGUGCAGAUACUACGAGGACUUCCACGACUUCCAGUUAUCAUUGCUUGAGGGCUUCCCCACGGAAGCAGGCAAGAACGGCGAUGAGAGAAUUCUGCCGUUCAUGCCUGGACCACUGUCGUUUGUUGACGACUCCAUUUCCUCCCAGCGACAAGCGGAUCUUGACGUCUACGUGCAGGAGCUCUGCAGACUACCACGAUAUAUCCUACAAGGCGACAUCAUCAAGACAUUCUUCGAGGCACGCGAAGGUGACGUGGAAAGCACACAUGCAACAAACCUCAUCCCCCAACCGGCAUAUCGACAGCUUGCGGUCCCGAACGCACAAGGUAACCGGACAAGCAAGACCUCGCACCGCAGCAGUGAUCGAUCACAUUACUCCCGAACAUCGAAUGCUGAAACACCUUUGCCGUCGUCUACGGGUGCACUACCACCUGUCCCUCCACAACCAUCGCGAAGUCCUUCGAAUUCGAUGAAUAUGGCGAGCGUGCAGGAGGCAUUACCGCCUGUUGCUCCUGCAGCAGCGGCGGAUAAGAACAUGAUGCCACCACCACCUGCACCCAUGGCGAGAAAUUGGAGCGCGAUGACGACUGCUACGACAGUGAGCGGUGACUCGUCGAAUCCAUCACGGUUACAGACGCCUGCGUCGGCAUCGACGACAUCGAUUGCUGGAAGUAGUGGUGCACCACCGCCGUAUAUCAAGAUCAAGGUGUUCUUCAACGAUGAUUUGAUUGCGAUUAGAGUACCCAGGGACGUUACUUUCCAGGCGCUGAGCGAUAAGCUGCGUGAUAGAUUAGGCGGUGUACAAAGCGUGCGGUGGAAGGAUGAGAACGCGGGUGAGCUGUUGGAGUUGAGGGACGAUGAGGAUCUGGGUUUUGCACUGAGACAAAGUGGACCGAAGGUCGUUUUGUAUGCCAAGUAG